GCAACAACUGACACAAACUCACUUCACCUUCAUUUCUUUCCUCUCUUUAUCUCUCCUCUCGGACAGCCCCUGGUCUACACUCUACCUUGUCUGUGGACAGGGCUGGACUACCCGACCAUGAACCUCAAGCCCAACCAGCCUAUACCCAGCCCAGAUGCAGAGCGUUGGCCAAUAAUUCAGUGCCCUUGCCUUACUGGCCUUUUUGUUUUGUGUUCGUGCCGGACAGCUUUAUCCAGAGAACAGUCUCGCAAUCUUGAUAUUUUCAGAAUCAAACAAACAAAAUCUUUGGCGAGUGAUGCGGAUGGUUUCCAUUCAACAACAAUCCCAAUCGCCUUGAGGAAACCGAUGCACCCUUGCUCGUUCUGCCACGAAUAAACUGGGAAUAUUCAGCGCUUUCAAAACGGCAAAGUGAGGCUCAGGGUGCUGAUUACGCUUCCGCUU